GCGCUGCAUACCAACGGAGACAUACGGGAGCAGGCUAAUUAAGCUCAAGUGGCGACUGGUCAGGACGCGCAGACCCCAUCCUGUUCUCCGAGAACAAAUAAAAAAAGCAUAUUUCUGUCAAGUCAUUGGACAGUUUAUAUUUUACCAUUUCUUCACAUGCAUUUUCUAAAAUAUUUUCCUUCAAGGCACUGAGAGCCAAACUAAGUGUCUGGGAUAUUUGUUUUGUUUUUUUCCCCUGGCUGACAGAGUCUGCACAGGAGAAGACAAACAGCCCUCUUCGCCUAUCUCUCUCUCCGACGGGGGUCAUCAAAAGGAAAAGUCCAGUGGAUAAGACUUUUUUUUUGGUCCAGUCACAUGUAGAAGUGUUGGACUAUUGCUGUUGACAUUCAUCCACUGGCUCGGUUUUUUUUUUAUACACAGAUUCCCCGCAACGGCGCGAUAAAGGAGGAAUACCAAGGCAUUUGGCUGCAAAAACAAGCAGAAAAUCAAUCAGAACUCCAUCAUGGGCUGCCCCCUCUUGCGGAACGCGUUUGCUGGUUUGAUCCUGGUACUGCUGUCGAAAGCAUCCAGUGUGCACGGAGCGGAAUUCGGACACCUGCCGGACAACAUUACAGUGUUGGAAGGAGAAAGCGUCACUUUGAGAUGUCGGAUCGACGAGGAGGUGACCCACAAGGCCUGGCUGAACCGCUCUAACAUCCUCUUCACGGGGACAGACAAGUGGUCACUGGACAAGCGUGUGACACUGGCCAACAGUAACAACAGUGACUUCUCCAUCCACAUUGACAAGGUGCAAGUAACUGACGAGGGGCCUUACACUUGCACCUUUCAGGCCAAUAACAAGCCCCGCGUCGCCCACGUCUACCUCAUUGUCCAAGUGCCGGCCAGAAUCGUCAACAUCUCAAAAAACGUGUCGGUGAACGAAGGAGAGAAUGUAAACCUCUACUGUCUUGCAGUGGGUCGGCCUGAGCCCACAGUCACCUGGAAAGACCAGAAAUAUGGGUUGGUAAGUGACGGGGAGUUCCUAGACAUCACAGAGAUCAAGAGGCAGCAGGCCGAGGACUACGAAUGCAUCACCAACAAUGGAGUGGCUCCACCCGAUCAGCGCAAGGUCAGGGUCACGGUCAACUACCCUCCCAUGAUCACAGACAUGAAGAACAUGCCAGCCCAUUUGGGUAAGACGGCAAUCUUGCGCUGCGAAGCCAUGGCAGUCCCACCAGCCUCCUUCGAGUGGUACAGAGAUGACCACAGGCCGGUAGAAAGUGACAACACCCUGAGGAUCAAAAACGAGAAGACGCGCUCGCUGUUGCUGUUCACCAAUGUGACAGAGAAACACUUUGGCAACUACACCUGCUUUGCCGCAAACCGUCUAGGGGCUUCCAACGCCAGCAUGUUGCUGUUUCGGCCAGGGGCCAUACAAGGGCGAGGGACUGGUUUACAUGCAGGGAUGAGUGUCGGCGUGAGUGUUUGGGUUUCCCUCUCUGCUGUUCUUCUGCUGAAGGUGUAA